GUCUGCAGGUGGUCCUGAACUCCAUCAUCAAGGCCAUGGUGCCCCUGCUGCACAUCGCCCUGCUGGUACUGUUCGUCAUCAUCAUCUACGCCAUCAUCGGCCUGGAGCUCUUCAUGGGGAAGAUGCACAAGACGUGCUACAACCAGGACGGCAUAGCAGAUGUUCCAGCAGAAGACGACCCUUCCCCUUGUGCUUUGGAGACGGGCCACGGGCGGCAGUGCCAGAAUGGCACUGUGUGCAGGCCCGGAUGGGACGGGCCCAAGCAUGGCAUCACCAACUUCGACAACUUUGCCUUCGCCAUGCUGACGGUGUUUCAGUGCAUCACCAUGGAGGGCUGGACAGACGUGCUGUACUGGAUGCAGGACGCUAUGGGCUAUGAGUUACCCUGGGUGUAUUUUGUCAGUCUGGUCAUCUUUGGAUCCUUUUUCGUUCUAAAUCUGGUUCUCGGUGUGUUGAGCGGAGAGUUUUCCAAAGAGAGGGAGAAGGCCAAGGCACGGGGAGAUUUCCAAAAACUGAGAGAGAAACAGCAGCUGGAGGAGGAUCUCAAAGGCUACCUGGACUGGAUCACGCAAGCUGAGGACAUUGACCCCGAGAACGAGGAUGAAGGCAUGGAUGAGGAGAAACCCCGAAACAGAGGCACUCCGGCGAGCUUGCUUGAUCAGAAGAAAGGGAUGUUUGCUUGGUUUAGUCACUCCACAGAGACCCAUGUGAGCAUGCCCACCAGUGAGACUGAGUCUGUCAACACCGAAAAUGUGGCCGGAGGCGACAUCGAGGGAGAGAACUGCGGGGCCAGGCUGGCCCACCGGAUCUCCAAAUCGAAGUUCAGCCGCUACUGGCGCCGCUGGAACCGGUUCUGCAGAAGGAAGUGCCGCGCCGCGGUCAAGUCUAAUGUGUUCUACUGGCUUGUGAUCUUCCUGGUGUUCCUCAACACACUCACCAUCGCCUCCGAGCACUACAACCAGCCCCACUGGCUCACGGAAGUCCAAGACACGGCCAACAAGGCCUUACUGGCCCUGUUCACUGCGGAGAUGCUUCUGAAGAUGUACAGCCUGGGCCUGCAGGCCUAUUUUGUGUCCCUCUUCAACCGCUUUGACUGCUUCAUCGUGUGCGGGGGCAUCCUGGAGACCAUCCUGGUGGAGACCAAGAUCAUGUCCCCCUUGGGCAUCUCCGUGCUGAGAUGCGUCCGGCUACUGAGGAUAUUUAAAAUCACAAGGUACUGGAACUCGCUGAGCAACCUGGUGGCGUCCUUGCUGAACUCCGUGCGUUCCAUCGCUUCCCUGCUCCUGCUCCUCUUCCUCUUCAUCAUCAUCUUCUCCCUUCUGGGGAUGCAGCUCUUUGGAGGGAAGUUCAACUUCGAUGAGAUGCAGACCCGCAGGAGCACAUUUGAUAACUUCCCCCAGUCCCUCCUCACGGUGUUUCAGAUCCUGACCGGGGAGGACUGGAAUUCGGUGAUGUAUGAUGGGAUCAUGGCUUAUGGCGGCCCCUCUUUUCCAGGGAUGUUAGUCUGUAUUUACUUCAUCAUCCUCUUCAUCUGUGGAAAUUAUAUCCUACUGAAUGUAUUCUUGGCCAUUGCUGUGGACAACCUGGCCGAUGCCGAGAGCCUCACGUCUGCCCAAAAGGAGGAGGAGGAGGAAAAAGAGAGAAAGAAGCUGGCCAGGACUGCCAGCCCAGAGAAAAAACAAGAGGUGGUGGAGAAGCCGGCAGUGGAGGAGACCAAGGAGGAGAAAAUAGAGCUGAAAUCCAUUACGGCUGAUGGAGAGUCUCCACCCAGCACCAAGAUCCACAUGGAUGACCUCCAGCCCAAUGAAAAUGAGGAUAAGAGUCCCUACCCCAACCCGGAAGCUACAGGGGAAGAGGAUGAGGAGGAGCCCGAGAUGCCUGUCGGUCCCCGCCCACGGCCACUCUCUGAGCUGCACCUGAAGGAGAAGGCAGUGCCCAUGCCUGAAGCCAGCGCGUUUUUCAUCUUCAGCCCCAACAACAG